CUUAAAAGAAUCUUAUUGCAAAUUAAAUAUUUAUUUAUGAUCAAUUUAUGAAGUAAAUAGUUUAUUAUAACUAAACCAUAUUAUUUUCAUUAUGUAGAUGAUUCAUUAUGAAUUUAUCUAGCAAACUACAUCCGGUGAUUCGGAGUUUAGACAAAAUAAUGAUGACAGAGAGUUGAAAGAAAAAUUAUUAGUGGUAGAUUUUAUUUUUAUUUUAAUCGAAAUGCCUAGAAUCAAAAUUCGAAAAUUUCUUUUGAUUAUCAUUAUUUUUGUUUGUUGCAUGAUAGUAUUUGAGAUUAUAAAGCAUUUAUACGACGAUUUCAAUGAUGAAAGUUUUUAUAUUACAGAUUCAAGUGUGCCAAUUAUUCUUUGGUGGACUCCUUUUGGAGGUGAAGAAAAAUAUACAAAAUGUGGAAAUGUUAAAUGUUAUUUCACACAAAAUCGAUCAUUUAUGAAAAAUCUCAAUCUGAAAGCAAUGAUAUUUUAUGGUAGUAAUUUUGAUUUGAAUGAUCUACCAAUACCACGAAAACCUAAUGUGAAAUGGGCUCUGUUUCAUGAAGAAUCACCGAGAAACAAUUUAAUGUUUGUUCACGAAGAAGCCUUAAAAUUAUUCAAUUAUUCUGCAACGUUUAGUAGAUUUAGUGAUGUACCUUUAACUCUUUUGGAGUUACCUGGAGAAGAUGAAUUACAAGAUAAAUCAUAUUUUUAUUCAACUCCACAAAAAAAUCUACUAAUGAAACAGAAUAAUUUAGCACCAGUAUUAUUUAUUCAAUCAAAUUGCGAUACAAUGAAUGAUCGAGACUUAUAUGUUACUGAAUUAAUGAAAUACAUUGCCGUAGAUUCAUACGGUUCGUGCAUGAACAAUAAAAAAUUACCAGAUGGACUGGAACAAAAUUAUUUGGAUAAAUUAAAAAGUCGAGAAUUUUUACAAUUCGUUGCACAGUACAAAUUUACGUUAGCUUUUGAAAAUGCUAAUUGCGAUGAUUAUAUCACAGAAAAAUUGUGGAGACCUUUGAUUGUUGGAUCAGUACCUAUUUAUUAUGGUUCAGCUUCAUUUAAGGACUGGCUUCCAAAUGAUAAAUCAGCCAUUGCUGUCACAGAUUUUAAGCAUCCUAGAGAUCUUGCUGAUUAUAUAAAACAGUUGCUACACGAUGAUAGAAAAUACGAGCUUUACUUAAGGCACAAGCUGUCAGAAAAUGGCAUUACAAAUGAACAUCUUCUAGAAAAUUUAAGGUCUAGACCACAAUAUCUUUUCAGUAUUUUUGAAUAUUAUGUCAGACGAUUUGAAUGUGUGAUUUGUCAAAAAAUACAUAAAAACUCCGUUCAAACGAUGACAAGAAAACAAUACAAUUGUUCUAAACCAAAGAGUAUUUUUAAUAAUAAAGAAAAAAAAGAGAGUUCUUGGACGUUAAUGUGGGAACUUGAAGCUUGCACAGCUAAAUUAUUAAAUUAUUGGCUUUCGCACAAUAAAACAUUUAACUCGAAUCAAUUUAAUAAAGAAAAAUUACAAAUGUAUGAAAACAAAAAAUGUUACAAGUAAAAAAAAUAGAAAA